AUGUCCUGUCGAGCCAGACAAGGCAGUGUGUUUUCAACGUUUAUUCUUGGAUGCGGCGGCAGUACCAAGAAAAAAAAUGUGGUGGAAGUCAUCAACCUGACUGCCGCCGCAACGGGGAUCAGUGUUAGCUCGGUCUACGAGAUCAAGCGUGGCUUCAAACGUGCCAACGGAGUUGUGAAAUCUCCUUCAAAGAAGCGCCCGAAAUUCGCCGAAAAAAGGAAGAGGAUUUUAAAUCACGAGGCGUGCACUUUGACGGCCGUGAGAAGCUGCCUGCACAAUUUCUUCCGUCGGGGGGAGAUCCCAACGUUGAAGAAAAUCGCCGCUCGUCUCCAAGAAGACGAAGUGCUGCCGUCCUGUUCCGGGUCUACCCUGUAUCGCCUGCUGAAUGACAUGGGUUUCGAGAAACACAAACGAAAUCGCAACUCCUUCCUGAUUGAGAGAGAGGACAUCAUCGAGUGGAGGCGGCGGUAUUUGACGGCAAUCAGAAAGCACAGAGCCCAGAACCGCAAGAUCUACUUCCAGGACGAGACUUGGCUGAACGCCGGCCUCACAGUUGACAAGGUGUGGACUGACAGCACCAUAAAGUCAGCAAGUGACACUGGCUUCGUGUCCGGCUGCUUGGACGUGUUCCGUGGGAAGAAGAAGGGGGACUACCACGAUGAAAUGGACUCGAACAGGUUUGAAGCAUGGUUUCUUCAUCUGCUGGACCACAUCGAUCCUAACAGCAAAAAAGACCUUCUGAGCAUCGUGGCAACGGUGAAGGACCGCUACACAAAGUACAAAGUUGACGUCAUGGCUACGAACGCCGGACACACAGUGUUGAUGCUCCCACCGUACCAUUGCGAACUAAAUCCCAUAGAGUUGAUAUGGGCACGAGUCAAGCAGGAGGUCGCCUCCAAGAACAUCACAUUCAAGCCCAAUGACGCCGAGCGACUCUUGAGGAAGCAGUGGACAACGUAA